AUGACUUUUUCUGUCCCCUUCCUUGUUGAGUGCGACUUGUCCGUAGCCGCCAUCGCCAAUCUGCUUGCUAUCCUAACGGCCCUUAUCUUCAUCGCUCAUCGACACUGUGCCACUCAGGCAGCACCGGUUCAGUCCGAGACACCCGAGACAUCCUCUAAACCGGCAUCCCCUACACACGUCUUCGCAGCACAAAAGCCAUCGGCCAUAGCCAGUACACCUGCACCUGCACCACCUACAACCAUGGUCGCAACAACAGCAACAACAACAACAGCGGCCAAACCGACCCAAAUCCCCGCCCCGCCCUCCAACAACCGGACGCCAUCCCUACCGGCAAGUCUCAACCUGAACCUGAACCAGGCCGUGCUUCCCUGGCGCGCAUCCUUCAGCCACCUUGUCCGGCGGCGGUCAAGCACCGUUAGCACGGGCUUCAUGACCGCCGUGUCUGUGUCGGACACGGUACUGGGGAGGAAAGGAUCGGCGUGCACAACGAGAUGGUCUUCGGACGAUGGGAGCAGCUCGGAAGGGGCUGCGUCUGGGCCAAUUGAUGCGGGGUCGGAACCUGACGCGGGCGAGUCGACGUCGGUGCUGGCUGGGGUCGGGGAGCAAUUUCAAUGCUUUGAGCGGUCGGGGUGGUAG